AUGACAGCGCCCAGCAGCCAGGUGCGCGCAUCGUCGCUCGCCACGGCAGUUGGCCGCACCGGCGGCGGCGCCGGCAGCAGCGGCGGUGGACUCGAGUCGUCAUCUCGCCGUUCAUCUACCCCGGGCCAACCAGGUUCUGGAACCACGCCCGCCACCGCCGCCACCGGCCCCGCUGUUGACCUGGCAAGCUCGUCUGCUGCCAGUUCCCAAAUGGCGAGCGCGAGCGCGAGCGGCUCGCCAUCGCGCUCCGACCAGAUCGUGUACCGCUUCUACCUCAAGACGGUGGGCGUGCUCGUCGACGGGCGUGUGACGCACAUUGGCGGCGUCCAGGACAAGAAGGACCGAUGGUUCAACAUUACCAUCCCAGAUACGGACGUGCACAAGGGAGACUUGACCAUCUACCGCUCCAUUUCGGCGUACCCGCCUUUACCUCGAGCUCCUCCCGGCGAGGGGACAAGUAGGAGCACUAUUCCUCCACUCCUUAUCGCCUUUAUUCUCGACACGAAUGACAUUCCGGCCGGCCAAACGCUCAUGUGGAGUCGGGAUGGCGUGCGAGUCUCACUGGACCCAUGUCGCGGUCAUGCGCCGACGGCGGGGGCCAAGCGACCUGGCAUCGUUCUCGAGCAGUGGACGUUUCGCGUGACCGACGUUGCAGCAAGCGUUCCCACUGGCUCAGAGAUGGCGCCUCCUACAGCCUACAGGCUUGGUAUCAUCCAUUUCCGAGCACUGUACGCGUUCAUCCGCCUCCUGCCAGCCUACCGACUCUUUCGCCGACUGCGGCGUCUCAACACGGGUCUCCGGCUGGGAAUCAAGCUGUGGGGACCCGAGGGAUAUGCCACCAACACCCCUGCGGGGCUGGCCGAAGCGUGGGACAUUAUUGAGCGAGGUCUCGUCGGUAUCAAUGUCCCACUGGAGCACAUGACCGCCGAGGCGGACACGGCGACGACGACGGAAUCGACCAUCGAGACAUAUGAUUUCGCCCCGCUCGACUUGUUUGGAAACACGUACGAGUUGGGAGUGGCGUAUCGCCCCAACGUGGAUUUCGAGGUCGAGGACAUGGAGAGUGUGCUCAGCGAGCGGUUUGUGGACAUGGACGAAGAAUGGUUCACGCCUACAGUGGCGAGGCAUCGGCUCGAGGAGGCGCGUGCGGCCGCAUCGACGGCGACGAGCAGGUCCGUGUCGAGGACGGCCAACCCGACCCCGGCCUCAGCCACGCCACCACGCCAGCCUGGCAGUUCUCUCGGUGCAUCGAGACAGGUGGCAUCGCGAACGGGUACGACCCCGAGCCAGCCUAGUUCGCUUGGUGCUGCGAAAUGGGGAGCACUCGCCGAGAACCUUCCCUUUGCUUCUGCAUCACAAAUGGCCACUGAGAACAGUUCGCCAACGUCCACGGCCAUUCCUUACCGACGACUGAGUGCACACUCUCUGCAACCUUUCCGGUCCAUCUCGGCAUCCCCUUCCACAUCCGUGUUGCGUGGCGGCCCUGUAGCCGCCGUCGGUGGUCUGCCGUCGCCCAUCGGGGCGGCAGGACGAAACAUUCCAGGCGUGUCCGGCACAGCAUCGCCGCUACCGGGCUCCCUACCCCGAAUGUCCGAGUUUCUCUCCUCAUCGGGGCGUUCAUUCUCCCACGCGCAAAUGGCAAACAUGGCAGCAGCCAGUCCGCCGAUCAUGCCUGGUCUGGGCGGGUCACCACCGUUUGCCCCCAGCUCGCUGUCCUUUUCCAAGCAGGCAGUGCGGCAGCAGCCCACACUCGCCUUCUCGACGACGUCCCCCUUUGUCGCGUCUAGCCUCGACAGGGACAGUCCCUCAGUGUCGCCCCAGUCCAACCCUAGACGGUACUCGGGUUCCAUCGGUCGCCGUCUCCCUGGGUCUCCCGCAAGUGGCGACUCGCCGUCGUCGAUUCGCCGUACCAGCACGCGUGAGAGUGGUUUGCGACACAGUAUCGACGAGCCCAGGCCAGACGCGCCAGACAAGGACGACGUGCACGCGUUUUUGCGGCAACUCGAUAGCUGGACUCCCCCAGCGACUAUUGCACCGCAUUCGCAGUCCCCACGCACCACCACUACCGCCGUCCAGCCUACACCAACCGCUGGGCCAUCUCUCACUACCACUGCCGCGGCACCCAGACAGUCGUCCGCGACGUCGUCCAUCUCACCGUCGCCUUCUAUAACCACUGGUCCCCGUGCCCCACUCACCCGCCAACACGUCGACGACAUGCUCAAACGCAUGGUAGGGAGCUUUAGCACACAAGCCAGUCCGAGCGGAACGUCUCCAGCGGCCAUGUCACGUGCAGGGUCCAACAUGGCCACCUCGAGCCUCGCCUCCAGACGCGAGUCCAUGGGCUCGGAGCGGACCGAGCUCCACCUCGUCGGCACGGGCCUGCUCUCGGCGUCACGGCCGUCCACGUCCCCGCGCCAACUGCCACUCCCAGGCUCGCUGUCGGCCUCGCCUCGGUCCGCCGUAUCGCCCUUGCCUGGCUCCAGUCUCCGCCAUGGAUCCCUCCCCCGAGCGAGAUCUACACUGUCGCCCGUGGAAGCCGAGGCCGAUGCGCCUGCCGCGCGAUCGCUCCCCGGCGCCGUUCCGACCGGCACGACCCCGCCCGCUGCUGGCGGCCUACGCGCACUGUCUCCACUGUCCCCACAGACCACAGGCGGCACGACCGACUCGCGCCGCCGCGGCCCCGUGCUCGUCCGAGGCGGCUUCAACCCGCCCGCAAGCUCCAAGGGGUCCACCACGUCCAGCUCGCCCUCCCACUCGCCCGUCCGCGAUUUCGUCCGCCCGUACCGGCUGGGCGUGAGCGCCGAACGCGGCCGGGAGGAGACGCUCGCGAGCGGGCCCAGCGGCGGCGGCGCAGGAGCGUCCCUCGGUGCGCGCCGGAGCGCGUCGGCCUUGACAUCUGGCAUCGGCAUGCCGUCGUCAUACACGCGGCGCGUGGGGCGGACCGCCCCCAGUUCGUUGGGCGCCGACGUGAGCGAGGACAGCGAGACGGAGGCGGCGACGGGGUCGACGCGACGCGGAGGUCGCGGUGUCGGCCGCGUAGCCAGCGAGGGAAGCACGUCCCCAGCCACGAUCCAGGAAGGGACCGGGUCCGGGGCCGGGACGGGCAUGGGCGGCGGGACGGGCAUGGGCGGCGGGAUGGGCAGUGGGGUGACGCGCACCGUCGCUGCGGCCGGGAACGGCAGCGGCAGUGGCAAUGGCAACGGGAAUGGAACCAGCAGGAGUCCCGUUGUCGAGAGCCUGAUGGCGCGGCUGGCGCUUGCGGAACAGCAGGCGCGCGAGAGGCGCGAGUACGAGGGGUAUGGACCUUGA